CAUCUUUAUCUCGAGCCACCAACUGCUCUCUCACUCACACGCGCCCCUCUUCUUCCUCCUCCCGUGCAAGAGCUCGAGCAGAGCAGACUCGCCACCGCCCCUCCCAUCGAUCUCCUCCCUCCGGCUGCCCUGCUUCGAUUCCUUAUGCCCAGAUGUUCCCCACCACCUCCUCCAACUUUCCCAAACCCCAACCGAACUCCUCCUCGGCCCAAUCGACGGGAAUUGAAGCUCUAGACCACCAUGAACAGUAGCUCCUCCCCUCACCGUCGAAGUCCUACCUCCGGUCCUUCUCCAUCCAACCUAGGUAUAGAAAUCGACACCCCUCGACUCACUGAUGCUCGUGCUCUCCUCGUUCUUACAAGUUCCCGAGCCAUGCCGCCGCCGGCAUGCUGCUGCUCGCCGCAAGCCACGCGCACGCGCCUCUGUGCCGCGCCGCCGAGCGCCUCCACUCCGCCCGGCCCUGUUGAACCCUCCCAUGGCCGCCCUGUCGUCGACCACUCACUGGAGCGCCGCCGCACGCCGCCACCACCGCUGCCGAGGUGCUGCUCCCGCCGCCAGCCCUCCCCCGGCCACCCCAGCUCUAACCGAGCACACCUACAUUCACGUGAAGGACCUCGUGCAGCAAUUCAAACAAGUCCAGGGGGCUAACUGCACAAACCAAGACUCAGCGACCGAACUGUCGGAGGUCGAACCCGUGGAGCCCGCCGAGUCCGUUGAGCCUGAACCCGGAGUCCAGUUCGCGGCCAAGCCCGAAGUUAACCGAGGUGCGCCGGAAGUGGUGUACGGCCAUUUCUACCCUGCCGAUCCAAAUGCAGGGAAGGAGUAGGUCGUUGUGGUUGUAAUGAUGUCCUUGAACAAGACAUCAUUAUCUUAGUAUGUCUUUAUCGUAGUUGAGCUCCGUGAGAGUAUAUAAAUUUAAUAAACUUUAAAUUUCGGUUUAAUAUGUCUUUCGUGAGCCUUGAACCCACAUAUAUCAAACUUGUGAUGUUAAAUGUGUAAAACUACUCUUGUGGAUCAUCGGCAAUGUACGUGCUUGUAUAA